GCAUUUGGGGGAAUACAUACUCCACUGCUUUCUGAGAAGAAAGGAAUAUUCGGGCCGGUGGGUCUGUGCGCCUGUUUGCGCUUCUGCUUCCGCUUCUCUCCUGCUUCCGGGCUCGUUUGGUCUGCUGGCCUGCUCUGCUCUCGUCCGGUCUCGCUUUCGGGGCAUCUGUCUGUCGCGGAAAAGCAUUCAUGUGAAAGAGUGAGCGAAAGAGUUGGUCGAGUCAAUCCUCGCCUUCUGCUUUCUGUCUUUCGUCGUCUCGAGGCCACGCCAUCAAAAGUACAACAGCUGCAGCUUCUCUGGUCUGCUUCUUUGGGGCUCUCCUGGAAUCUCGUCCAUUGCACUCAUCCUGCGAGAGCUGCGUCUCAUUCCACACCUGCUGCUACUUCUGGGGAGUGGUGCGGGGGCAGGGGCGGGCAGGGGAGGCACGGGGUUAGAAAGAAAGCCGGGGCAUUUCAGGCUUGAAUUGACGUUUGGACGGUGGGAUCCAAGUAAUUUUGGCAGCAGGAGGGCGAUUUGGCCGUAGCACCGCAUCCGCAAGGAGGGUGGAGACGAGGGGAGCUUCUGCCGCGAUGGGUGAGGGGUGAUCAGUGUUCUGCUCCGUGCGUGGCGGGACAUUAGGCGGGUGGACGAAGAGGCCGCAGGCGAGGGCAGGAGCAAGGAGGCGGCAGCGUGGAUUUUUGAAAAAUAUAUUUCUGCGAUGAUGUGACUAGGAGUUUGGAGGAACAGAUGUGUGCAGGAGGGGUGAGCAAACAGGUGGAGGUAGAGAGCUGUAGGGGGUAUGAAGAAAGAUCACCUGAGGACGGAGAGUAACAGGAAACGGGAGGUGAUUGACUGAAACAAGAAGAAGUCGAGUAAAUUGGAGAAGUAGGGGGCCAUGAUGGCGUAUGCCUCCGUGUGCCCACCUGCCACCUCUGCUGCUUUUCUGCAUCUUUGGAGCUCACCUAGAAAGCCCGGACGGAGAUUAGCCUCGCAGUCUUCUGUUCGAUUUUCUCGUUAUCAUAGAUUUGGACAGCACAAGCUUAGUUCGCGUUUCGCCACGUGUGGGUCCUGCUACAAUCAGAAUGAUUCAGGGGCUAGGUGGCCAAGUUCAGAUGACUUUAGUGGAGCUGGAGGACUGGGAGGAGAGGAUCAAACACCCGACUCAACAGCCAGGAAACAGAGUCAGUCAGCCUCUCGACGGGUCAUGGCGUACGAUAUGGCCAUGAAAGCUGCUGCUUCUCCGUCAUCAGCGUCAGCUGCACCCCUCGCCGGAGGUGAUGUUGGAGAUAUCAAUAAUAAAAUGAACGGGUCUAGGCCCGAUCCUUAUGUGAUUCUAAAUCUGGGAUCCUUUGUGAGAAGAGUCCCGUUUCAGCGGUUGGCAGUAUGGGCAUCAGUGGCACUCGUCAUGUUUCAGUUACGAGAUUUUGUUGGGAUUAUAAUGGGAACUAUUGUGCUGUCAGUAGUGGGGAACUCGUUAGUAGCUUCGGCUGAAGGAUAUUUACCAGGAAGGAGACGUAUAUUGGUGGCAACAAUGUAUGCGGUAAUUAUUGCAGCUCUUGUAGGCAUUGGUAUUAUCUACAUUCCUCGACUUACUCAAGAAGGAGCCAGGGUGAUAGCGCGGAUACAGGCAAACGAAGAUCCUUAUACCCUCAUUUCAGAGAAGCUAAGACAUACGCUAGGAGAGCCUGUCACGGAUCAGUUGGAGCGGUUUCUGCUUGUGCUUACCAAGCCAGACACAGUUGUUCUGGAAUCUGUGGCAGGCAGUAGAGCUCAGAGGUCGACGGUUUUACAACAACUAAUUAAAGAUUACUCAGGAGCUGUGGUUGUUUGGUUGGCAACUCUGAUAUCUGCGACAAGUCGAUUUGCCUUACAGAGUUUGGUGAGUUUGAUCUUUUCCUUCAUGCUUGUCUGGGACAUGCCAGCCAUCCGAAGAGGCGUUCAAUCACUGAAGGAAUCACGACUCUCCAUUGUUUACCAGGAAACUGCACCGGUGAUAGCUACAUUCGGUCGAAUAUUUGGGAAGGCACUGCAAGCCCAAAGUGCCAUAGCCGUUGUGAAUACAGCCUUGACAAGCUUGGGGCUACUUGUCUUGAGAGUAUCGGGAGUAGGCUUAUUGUCCUUCUUCGUCUUCUUAUGCUCUUUCGUGCCUGUUGCGGGAGUGAUUAUAUCUACCGUUCCCAUCGGCGUCGUGGCAUUCACAGAAUCUGGAAUAUGGCAACUUGGCUUGGUUGUGCUGAUGGUGAUUCUUGUACAUGCGGUGGAAGCCUAUAUUCUGAACCCAGCUAUUUAUUCAGCUCAUUUGAAACUUCAUCCUCUCAUGGCUCUUGCCGUCUUGGUCUUUGCGGAGCAUGCACUGGGCGUUUGGGGUCUCAUAGUGGCCGUGCCUAUGGCUGUGUUCUUCAUUGAGUAUGUUAUCAAGCGAAAUCCAAUGGCUCCUCCAGAGCCUGUAAGCAUGAGCCCUUAGUGUUCAUUUUUUGCAGUGGCAUGGUUGUGCCCCUUUGGGCCAUACUUGAUUGGGAGGCUCUGAAGAAAGAGAGAGGCAAUCCCUAUACAGCCCUUACUUGCAUGUUAGUGAGAAUCAUUUGAAAGUUUUGUCCAAGAGCUCCUCUCUCGAAGGUGAUUAGGUGGUCCAUCAAAAAGCAGGUAGUGAAGCUUUAAACAUGAGAUGGAAGCCUUCAAAUAAAAUUUAUAAAAAGCAGCAGAGCGACAUGUUUAAACAUAGUGCCACAUUUCAUUCUUUUCACCUGGUUAGUCAUCAUACCCGACUGAACGUCCAGAAGAAAAAGAUUUUGAAGUCGAGUAACUGGUCACUGUGUUAUAGUCUUGACCAUCUCCUGGUUAAUGUUAUGUUGAAAACUUCUGAGAAAAGUGAUUUGUGUAUAACCCACAGAAAUUAACGCCUGAGGUGGCAUCUAGUAAGCACACUAACUGUGCGGAACGAAGGUGACCUUCAUGGAUUUCAUUGGAGAAGAGGACUUCGGCUAAUAUAUUCUUGAGUGUUAGCAUCCUGCAGUUCUGAAUGUUCUCAUAUUUUUCUUCCUUUCUCGUCUGUUCUUCACUCCAUGACUGGUUGUUGGUUCGUCUGUCGAUGAUAUUUUUAUUUGUAUACUCCCUUCGAGCUUGUCAGUGUGUGACAUGUCCUGUGUACACCAUUUAAUGUGAUGUAAGCACGAUGAUCUUAUGUUAUGACAUUGCACGAGAUAACACAUACCUUUUCAAUAGAGCAGAAAGCUUACCGAUCUGUUUGUAAAGAUGAUGGUUGCAAACCUUGCCAUAUUUUACUCUCUCCUGAACCUUCAACUACAUCCGUUUGAAGAAAAUUCUGCAGAGGUGUACUUUUAAGUGACAGAACAAGUUCCUAAUCCGAUCUCAACAAUAGUGUUGCUUCUCACAUUGAACAAUUCAAAAGAUUUAUU